AUGAACAUCGAGUGCAGAAUACUCUCGUACUCCACGGACGAUCUUAUCCCCACAGAAAAUGGAGUUUGGUGGUGGGAGGGAGCUCCCGUCUUUACAAAGGAUCACAGCGUAAGAGUAUGGCUAAACGGGCAGAGGAUAUGCUUUGACUGCUCCACAGGGUCAUUUACGCUCGCUCUGAGCACUCUCCACGACAUUAAAAUGGGGAUACUCGAGAUAUUCCUGGAGGAGAAGGGAAUCCUCCAGAAUGAGCUGAUAGGGUACGUUUUCAAGCGGGUUGAGGACCUUCUGCAAGAAAGGAAGGACUCUGUGCACUACCUGAAGAUUCUCCCGAACAAUGACCCCAUAAAUGGAUGGCUUUACAGCAAGAAAGCCCAGCCCAGAGAGUUUAUUCCCAAGGAGAUGGGAUUUUUCCUGGCAGUUUCUGUUAAAAUAAAAGCCUCUACAGACCCGCCAAGUACAAAAGCCAACGGCAUAUCCUUCCUGUGGGCGAGAUUCCUUAAGAACGAGGCAAUUGCUGGGAGAAUAUUCGACCUGCAGGAAGCCUUCUUUUUUCUCUUUCGGGACCUGCAGAAUAUUUCGGAGUUCGUGUACAGCAUCCGGGAGUUAUUCGCGUACUAUGCGUACAGGGACUCCCUGGAGUUUCGGGAGAUCCCAAAGUAUCCCGGGAAGGCGGAGAAGCCCAGAUUUUGGGAGAGAAUAUUCCGCCUCUUCAAGCCAAAGAGUGUUUCCGUUAGGCGGAGGAUAGACUAUUCCUUGUACCUGAAGGAAGUCCUUUCUGGAGAAAACCCGUACAAAUGGCACGUUGAAGAGAGACUAUUUUACACUCAGCACCUGAAAAAUUACAGGUACGCAAUUGCCCCGUAUGGACACGCUUUCUUGAACCUGCACUCUCUUCUCAACGUGAUAAAGAAUAAGUUGGAGGAGUGCAGGUGCAUGCACUGCGAGAAUCCUGGGGUUGACUCUGAGGAGAAGUUCUUCCAUCGCUUCACGGGGAUUCCGUACGGGGAUAUCGUCCAUGCAGCGAGCAAGUAUCUGGAACACGUCAUUUUCAUAGAUCGGGAGGAGAGUACGCUCUAUAUCACUUUUAAGGGUACUCUCCACAAAAGAGAGGCUCUAAUAGAUAUAGACUAUAAAUAUCACAAGUACAAGGGAAAUCUCUUCCACAGGGGAAUAUUCAAGGAGUCAGAGAAAUUCAUAAAAGAAAAAGAAAAAGUCCUGGAUCAGCUCAUGAUAAAUAAUAAUCUGAAGAAAAUACGGUUAGUAGGACAGUCCCUGGGAGGAGCACUUUCGAUCCUUGUGUGGAUGUUUAUGCGGGAGAGUGAGACUCUCUCAAAAUAUAGCGUCUCUUCGAUCGCAUAUUCUCCUCCUCCUGUUGUGAGCAAUCCCUCGUGGUUCAGGAGGUUGGAGGGAGAGAAGUCGGAGGGAAACAAAAUAACUGUCCUUAUAUACGGAAACGACAUAAUUCCGAUGCUUUCCAUGGGGGCAGUCUUUGAGCUCCGCCUUUUGGCUACGCAUUUUUAUGCGAUAAGUGUCUCGAAGUACAGGAACAAGCACCGAUACAUUCACGCAGUUCUUCGGAAAAUGAAAAAACACGGGAUUGCAAAGCUUUUCAUCCCGGGGGAAAUAUACAAAAUACGGCAUACUACGACUACACCGAGCACAUUCUUAGUCAAAAAGACGCACUGGACGGAGUAUAGUGCAAUAAAGCUGUGGGCUAAGGCCUUUAUGCAUCACACGCCUGGAGCGAUGAUAAAUGCACUGAAUAAGUCACUGAAGUACUUCUACUCGCAGGAGGAUCCUACGAUGGAGAUAUCCAGCAGCCAGGAGGAGCAGGAAUAA